GUGCAGGCAGAAUGUUUAGAUGUGGAUCUCGUCUCCAUUCAGAAAAGUAGUUUUGUUUCUGUCGAAUAUCUUCCACAUCUGAGGAAGCCAUGGACGUCUUCCAUCCUUCGUCUGUCAACGAGUCGGACGACUACAACUAUGAGGAAUAUUACAACUUGGAGCCAUCGGUGGACUACGGACCUUGCAAGAAGCAUCAGGCGAGAGAAUUCAGCCAGAGGUUCCUGCCGGUGUUCUACUCGCUUACUUGCGUGCUUAGUGUCAUUACUAACGUCAGCUUGAUCAUAGCGUUCAUCUGGUUUAAAUCUCUGAGGAGAGCGCUUCCACUCCACAUGGUCAGCGCCGAUCUCAUGUUCACUUUAACUCUUCCUUUCUGGGCAGUUUACGCAGACAGCGAGUGGGUCUUUGGGGCGCCUGCAUGCAAGAUUGUGACUUUGUUCUACAUGGUCGGACUUUACAGCAGUAACCUGUUUGUUGGAUGCAUGAUCCUGCAGAAGUAUGUGGACAUGGCAUGCAUGCUCCUGAGCAGUGCCAAGAGGAAGAGAGCACUGUGCGCAUUCCUUUGGCUGCUUUCUCUUUUGGCUACAGCUCCACAUCUCUACUUCGUGGAGGCUCAUGAGUUCCAGGGCCAGAAGAUCUGCACCAACCACUUCUUGCAUAAGCACAGCUGGAGAAUUUACAUGAGAUUUCAGAUGAUUGUCCUGGGAUUCUGCAUUCCUCUCCUGGUUCUGGUCUUCUCCACCGUUUUGAUUCUCCGCACCGUGGUCAGGACGACACUUGUGAAGAGGUCCAGGACCUUGAUGCUAGUGACAGGAUUCACCGUCCUGUUUUUUGUCCUCUGGUUCCCCUACAGUUUGGUCAUUUUCUUGCAUGCUUUGCAAGAGCUGCAUGUCAUAUCCGAGUGCACCACAAGCCUGCACCUGGAUCUGGCCAUCGUGGGGACGGAGUGCAUUGCGUUCAUGCACGUGUACCUGAAUCCUGUAGCGUAUGUUCUCCUGAACAAGAGGUUCUGGAGGAAGAUACGGGGGCGAUGCUCGACUCCGAGGGAGAACCUGCUUGGUGCUUCUGAAAGCACAGGCACUGAAUCCACCCAGGACAAUGCUGUGGAGUUGAAGGCAUUUGGGAUGUACUCUGGCUCUGAGUCAGAAGGCUCUAACGCAGAGCGACAGGGACACUUCUUACCACACGCGUCGUAGUCCUGUUAAUCUGUGAAUCUGACUGUGACGACUUCUGUGACUUCCAGAUCUGGUACAGCGAAGCUGAGUGGAACAGUUCCCAUUCAGGGAAGGAGAGCAAACAGCUGUUUAGUUGGCUAUAAGACAAUGAAGAUGAGCAAAGAAGAAUUCUACUCCGCAUGUCAUUUUAAUAUCCAUUAAAACACGCACUGGUUGGUUGUGGAGGUGUUUAUGGGUGGAGAUCAGCUCUUUUGUAUGAAAAGAAGCCAAAAAGCUGCAUGUGAGCUGAGAGCAGCAGUUAGUUUGUUCACAAAUAGCUGAAGCCCCACCCCACAGUAUCUCUCAUCUCUCAGCUGAAGCUUGAAUACAUGCUGUCAACAACGUAAUUGCAUGGCAUCAUAAAAUGAGAAGUUCAUCAUAUUUAUCAAACUAAAGCAGAACAUUUUGUAAGUAAAGUCGUAAACUGAAGCAACUGUUGUAAAUUUGGAUUGAAUCUUUAUAUGGAUAAUAAAAUACAGAUGAUUAUUA